GCCCCCGGCACGGCGCCCGCGCUCGCCCCUCAAAACGAGCAGGAGCCGCCCGCCAAGAGGGCGCCCGUCGACGCCAAGCGCACGCUCUGGAAGUGCAAGAAGUGCAACUUCAAGGAUCCUCAACGUGAAUUAGUCCUUGCGCAUGUCAAACAACAUUACCAACAACGAGCUCAGGCCGUUGCCCCGAGUUCAGCAGCUGACGCGCCGACUCCCGUAUCGGAAAGCGAGGCAAGUGUUGCGGCACGCUUCAAAUGCGGCCUCUGCGGCCAGGUAUCUCACUGGAAGCAUGUCAUCCAGUGUAUGCUUGCAAACUGACAAUAUCUCUAUUUCAGCGCCAUUGCCGACUGAAGCAUGAUGGCAAUGUGCAAAUUGUAACAGCCCAAAAAUACCCCAUUGAUUCUAUGGGCAUUUUAGGCAAGGGAUUAAGUGCGAGUGAUGCCCCAGAGCACGAAGAGGAAGAGAGAGACAACUCAGAAGGCGGGAGCGCCCUCGCUGAGCCUCUGCAGUGCCCUGUGUGCCCUUUCGCUUGCUUGGACCCGGAGGAUCUGAAUCGCCACCAACAGAAGCACCAGCCCCAGCAGGGAGCGAUAUUCAAGUGCUACCUGUGCCCUUACUAUGUGGCACUGAAAACAGAUUUACAUGACCAUCUACAACUACACGGCGUGUCAGAACCAGAGGAACACUUGUCAAGAGCUCUUCAAGGAACCAAAAUGGCCCCUAGAGACUCAACCUCUCCUUGCAAAGUGCUCAACGAGUCCGAAAUGGGAGGAAACGAUUUUGGCAGUUCUUUGAAGCGUUAUCGAUGCGCUGGGUGCCCUUAUGUCAGUAACAGCAAAAGUCAGUUUUUGUACCACAAGCAAUUUCACCGUCCCCGAGGAGCCCCGUUCAAAUGCGGCCUGUGCUCCUACAGCGUGAGCCGUCGGCACUUGUUGCACCAGCAUCUGAGAGUACACGGCAUCUUGAUCCCGCCGCAGCGGAGCCCCGGCAGGGAGGCCGAGAACGAGCGACCAGAGGCGGACGGUUUGGACGACGGGGACGAAGAGGCGGCGGCGUCCGGGGCCUUGAGGGCAGAGGUGCCCGACCUCGACACCCGCCAGCUGCCCGAAGUCCCUCUGGUGUGGGUGUCUCGGAACGGCCGCUUCGAUAAACUCUAUAAAUGCCGGUGGUGCCCUCACGUCAACCAAAGAAAGGCAAACAUCAUGGAGCACGAGAAAAUGCACCGCAGAGACGAAGUGGAUGAACAUUCUGAAGGGGAAGAAUCUUCGCCCAAAGCGCUGCCGCCCCACCGCUGCCCGCUGUGCAAUUACGGCUGCCACAACGCCGGAGUUUUGUCUGCGCACAUGAAAGUCCACCAGGGCGCCUACGGGACCGUCCGCGCGCUGGUCGACCUCACGAGAUCGGACGAAGCCCAGUUGGAGGAACUGGGCGCGGCCAGCGACAGUCUGCCUCCUCUGUUGUUGCCGCAGACGAACGAAGACCUGAACCAAGGGGUUGAGGACGCUCAGGAAGAGACGGUCGAUUUCCGCAUCGAACCUCCGUUCGCUUCCGAACCUCCUCCUUCCUUGGAGGAAGAAGUUCCGACCGACGAAGCGAAAGUAUUGAUGUUCUGUCAGCAAUGCCCUGCUCGUUUCCUCGUCAUGAAAGAACUGAACAUACACAAACGUUUCCAUGAAAUAAAAUUAGCCCAUCGUUGCGAAUCCUGCAACUACACAGCUCGCCAAAGGCCGCAUUUAUUAGCGCAUAUUAAAGUGCAUUCUGGCGAUUAUCAAGAGCGCUCCGAUUCCUUGGCUGCGCUGUACCCCACUUCGCCCGCGCACCCGCGGCCGCGCACCGCCGUCAUCGUCGAAGGGCCCGGGGUCUCCGGCCCCGUGUGGGUGGUGGUGUCCGACGGGCUGAGCACCGGCCCCGCAGCCCCUCCCGAAUUCGACGACGCCGAGGACCUUCAAGACACCCCGCCCCCGCCCCCGCGCCCCGUAAUUAAACAGUUUUCUUGCACCCAGUGCCCAGCAAAGUUUUUCAAAAGCGUUGCUCUGGAGUACCACAAAACCUUACACGGUGGCACUGGGAACUACAGGUGCAAGUAUUGUGACUACAGAGUAAAAACUUACGGAAAUUUAGUGAAACAUGAGAUGAUUCAUGAACACCCCGAUAGUGAAGUUUUAUCUACUUCGCUUUUGGCUGUGAAACCUAAACAUUCGACUACGGUUCCGUUGUCUGGAACAGAUUUAUUUCAGCAGAGAGCAGAAGUUCAAAAAUUAACAGAAUCUACUGGUGCCAGAUUAUCAAUUGACCUGCCUGCGGAUCCUCAGUUUGGAACUCUUAUGCAUGGUAACCCUGAGUUUGUUUAUCCUAUGUACUUUAAGAACGGUCGUUUGAAAGAAAAAAGAUACAAAUGUCACAAAUGUCCGUCUGCUUUUGAGAAGAGAGAACAGUACAAAGUUCACCUCUCACUUCAUGGGUCAAAGCAACGUUACAAAUGUGAGAAAUGCGACUACUCCGUUAAGUACUACGCAAAUUUCAUUCAACACCAACGCAAACAUCAACACAACGACGAAGCCCAUGCGGCUCGCCGUGCGGCAGAAUCUACUUUUACAGCUCCUGUUGAAGACGGCGAGGAAAUGUCAGAAGAAGACUCGCCCAAACCCACUCCUCUGGCCCCUCGCUCUACCAAAACCAUCGGAAGCGGUGGAGCCAGCAAGCAAGUUCUCACUGCAGCGGAACAGCAAGCGAAAAUGUUGGACCAAGUUAGAGAACGUGUCAGUGUGGGAUUACGAUGCGAUGAAGACCGCAAGACCUUGUUCAGAUGUGCCCAUUGCCCGUAUGCGAGUGCACGGCGAGAUGGGCUGGAAAGCCACGCGAAGCGACACGCUGCAGUUUCUGGAGCAUGUGGAGCAUACACUUGCCAGCACUGUGAUUAUUCGGCGCCACAACUUCAUUUCUUGAGAGAACAUGUAAAAUUGCACUUUGACGCUCCACGAAAACUUCGACCUGAAGCGUACACCCGCUUGGAGAAAUUGACGAUCUGGGUACAAAUGCCUGGCAAAGACAGUGAAACUCAUACUUUGGUAUUCCAGGACAAAGGAACCAAUGGGGAAGGCUUUGAGAGAUUCUAUCCUCCAUUGCCUGUGGAGUUGCAGAUUUGUGAUGAAAAUUCUCAGGAAAGUCGUAUAUUAGUUGACAUCAGAACUGGUGAACCACUCUCAGAGGCUUCAUCCAGAACUGGUGUUGAAGCAAAUAAUUGUGAAAGUGCAGAUGAAGUUGCUUCACAAAUAGAAACCAAAAAGAAAGCAGCAUCUUGUAAGCUGGAGGCAGCAAAUGUUGGUAGUGGAGAAGGUGUAGAGAAGAAUGUAAACAGAGGUGGCAACAGUGGUGUUGGCAGCACCACUGCCAAUGAUGAUGGUUGUGAAGAAGGGAACAGUGGAUAUGAUGUUGAUGAAGGUGUUGACCAAAAUGAUGAUGAUGCUUGUGAUGUUGAAGAUUAUGAAAAUAGUGGAAAUGACAAUGCUAAUAGAAGUGAGACUGUUGUUGAAAAUGAUUCGGAAGAAGAGUCCAGGAUGUCGUCAAAAAUUGAGAAAAUGACAAGGAGAAGAACUGCCAGAAAAUCAGAAUCACAUGCUGACAAUUCUAUAAAAAACAGAAAAGUGUGUGUUGGUAACUCUAAAGAUAAUGAUGACAUUGAUGGUGACAACGAUGAUGAGCAUGGCUCAGAAAGUGAAGAUAGUGAAGAUGGGGACGUGGACGUGGAGGGUGAUGACUCUCAAAUAUUAGAAAAUGUCUCAGACAAUCAAAAACCUGAAGUCCUGGUUCCUGAUGAUGGUGAAAGUCGUCUUUCUGCUAGCAGUAGCUGUGAUUCAAGCUCUAGCAAUAGUUCUUCAGGGUCUUCAUCAACUUCUUCAUCGUCUUCAUCAUCUUCAUCUUCAGGAACAAGUUCAUCAUCUUCCUCAAAUGGUGAAAGUAAAUCUAGUGAUUCAAGUAGUGAGUGUGAUGCAGAAGAAAGUGAUAAAGAUCGUACUCAGCGUGAUGCAUCACAAGAAGAGAGUCUUUCAAGUGAAACUUAAAUUUUAUAGAAGGCAUUUAAUUUGCUACAUAUCAGUGGCAGUGGAACCAGUGUAAAUGAAAACAUAUGUAGGCACAAGAUAUGUGCUUAUAGGAUUGAUUUAGUUAAGUAAAAUUUUCUAUAAAUGUUCUUAAUGCCUCUCUUCAAAACAUUGUGAUAGAUAUAAAAUACAUUUCUAUUCGAAUGAGAGUUUGUUCAUGUUCUAAUAACAUUUUUUUUGUUUGAAAAUUUGGAAAAAACAUACAGGGAAGUUAAGUGUUUAUUUGUAUGGACAAAUUUCUGUAUGUUUUGUUUAUAAAGGUUAGUCUUAUAGAAAUAUUAAAAUUUGACAAAAAUGCCUUUUAAGAAAGUUGGUUACCAGUGUUACAUAUCUAAAUGUAAAUUAUUUUAUUAUUCUUUAUUGUGCCAUAGAGACUGUACACAUAUUCUUUCCAGCAGCACAUUGCUGCUGAUGUGAGUAAUUUCAUGCUCAGGUGACUGGAUGGUCCUAGUCAAAGGAAAAUGCAUAAAAUUUGCUUAGCAACUUCCUGUUAAAUGUGAUUGUAAUCCAAAGAAUUUCAUAAUAAAUUAUCAAAGUUUCUUUCUUUUGUAGUUUGUUCUUAAUUCUUAAAUUAACUAUUUUCCUUCGUUGUUGAUUAAUUUUUGUUCUAGUUCUAGAAAAUUAUAUUUUACUUUUAUUAUUUAUGCUGCUGAAUGUUGUUUUUCAUAUGUACUAAAAUUUCUGUUAAAAUGAGGAUAGCACUACAAAGUAAUAUCUAAAAAUGCUAUUCCUAUUAAAUAUUACUAGUAUUGUAAUAGUCACUAAAAUCUGUUAAUUAUAAGUAUUGUGUUCGGAUUAUUAAAAUGCAAAUAAACUUCUAUUUCAAGGCUCUGGUAGACUGUAGAAAAAUGCAACAUUUUUCACAACAUUUUUCAACAAAGAACACAGACUUAUCUGAUAUACUUUUUUGUAUUUCCUUACCUCCUAUGUGUUAUGGUUAACAAUCAUGAUGCAUAUUGAUGAAAUAAAAAUAUUCAUUGAGAUGUUGAAAAAUUAAAUAUUAGUGGCAAUUAAAAGUGGUCAGUUCCUUUGAAAAAUUGUGCUACAAGUUGUCAGAAGAAGAUAAUUAAAAAAGAAAUUUGAAAACAAAAAAAGUUAUGCUUUUUGAUGUCUCUAAAUCAAUAAUCAUUAUGUAAAAUCAAAUAUUAAAGGUAGAAAACUAUUAUAAACAGUUUUUUUUUUAAAUAUCCCAUCCCUAUGUACAUGAAACGUUUAAUAACAAGUGGUUCUAUUGUGCAAUUCUUUGAGAAGCAAUUUGAAAAUAAUAAAUGCCAUUGAAGACUCUUGUGAAAUUCAUAAUUUAAAUGCUGAGGGGAAUAAAGGAACUUUUAUAUGGUUUACAAAUUUAUUUUAGAAUUUUAAAACAGUCACUGCACAUAUUACACAUAUAUUUGCAGUAAGCAUCACUAAGAUCCAUAAUCACGUCUUAAAUUUUGGAUUAGAAAUAACUAAGUUUUUUGAGAAAGAAUAUAUUAAAAUAUCAUAUACAUACAUACUUUCAUAAAAAAAAUACCUAAAAAAUGGAG